AUGGCUGCUACGGAUAUCGCCGAUGAUAUAAGAAACCGAUCUUCUUUCUCAGAUGGUGUUUUUCACGGUUCGUUAAUGAAUGAAGAAGGAUCGGAUAAAGAGCUUGAGUUAUAUGACUCUGACGGCGAGCUGAUAGAAUUAUCGAAAAACAAUGCCAUACACGAUAAACAAGAGGAUGAAUUGGCAAAUAUGGUUUCGGUGGCAGAGCAUGCAUGUUCUUAUUGUUCUAUUGAUUCUCCUGGGUGUGUUGUGAAAUGUAAUGCAUGUGACAAGUGGUUUUGUAACUCCAAGCAUGGCACUUCUAGUUCUCAUAUUGUGAAUCACUUGGUGAUUUCCCACCAUAAUGUCGUAUCAUUACAUUCAGAAUCUGACCUUGGUGCGACAACUUUAGAAUGUUACAACUGUGGCUGUAAGAACGUUUUUUUGUUAGGCUUUGUUUCCGCAAAGAGUGAAGCUGUCGUUGUCAUCUUGUGCCGUUUACCCUGUGCUCAGACAAAAAAUGUGAACUGGGAUACGGACCAGUGGCAAUCCUUGAUCGAUGAUAGAAAAUUGCUGAGCUGGGUUGCAGAUGAGCCUAAUGAGGAAGACCAGUUGAAAGCAUGUAUGAUUACACCUAGCCAGAUUUCUAAACUGGAGAUGAAGUGGCGAUCGAAUAAGAAUGCCACAAUUAACGACAUUGAUCUUUCAGAAGAGCAAGAGGAGAUUUCGCCUAUUUUAAUGAGGUAUACAGAUGCUUAUCAAUACCAGAGAUCAUUUGGUCCUUUGAUCCAAUUAGAGGCUGAUUACGAUAGGCAGCUGAAAGAAUCUCAGGCCUUGGAACACAUCUCUGUGACUUGGUCCCUUGGUUUAAAGAAUAGGCAUUUAGCGUCCUUUAGCUUAUCAACUUUUGAAUCUAAUGGAGUUAAAGUUGCGGUUGGCGACGAAAUGAUUUUACGGUACUCAGGAUUGAAUCAAACAGGGUGGGAAGGACGUGGCUAUAUCCUUCGUCUGCCGGAUAGUUUUAAAGACGAAUAUACUCUUGAAUUGAAGUCAACUAAAAGUUCUCCUCCAACAAACUUGACUACAGGCUUCACUGCUGAAUUCGUUUGGAAAGGAACCUCAUACGGCAGGAUGCAAGAAGCUUUGAGAAAGUUUGCUGUUGAUAAAAAAUCUAUCUCAGGAUAUUUAUACUAUAAGAUUUUAGGUCAUGAUGUUCCAGAUAUUGAGUUUGAAGUAGACUUACCAAAAGAGUUCUCAAUUCCAAAUUUCACUAAGCUAAAUGCCUCACAAAAGAAUGCAAUCAAGCAUGUUUUACAGAGACCGCUUUCUCUGAUCCAAGGACCACCUGGUACAGGCAAGACUGUCACGUCGGCCACCAUCAUAUACCAUUUGUCUAAGAUGCAUAAAGAGCGUUUAUUAGUAUGUGCUCCCUCUAAUACAGCUGUUGAUCAUCUGGCUGCUAAGUUACGUGAUCUAGGUUUGAAAGUUGUUCGUUUAACUGCCAAGAGCAGGGAAGAUGUAGAGUCCUCUGUGUCUGAUUUGGCUCUACAUAAUCUUAUUAAGAGAUCUGCUCAGGGUGAAUUAAAAAAAUUAUUGAGGCUUAAGGAAGAUGCUGGUGAGCUAUCCGCUAGAGAAACCCGUUUAUUCGCAAAAUUAGUUAGGAAGAAUGAGUCGGCAAUCUUAAAAAAGGCUGAUGUUGUUUGUUGCACAUGUGUUGGUGCUGGAGAUAAGCGACUAGAUUCUAAAUUUAGAACUGUUUUAAUUGAUGAAAGCACGCAGGCCUCCGAACCAGAGUGUUUAAUUCCAGUUGUGAAAGGCACUAAACAGGUUAUUCUUGUUGGUGAUCAUCAACAAUUAGGACCUGUUAUUCUUGAUCGGAAGGCUGGUAAUGCAGGCUUGAAACAAUCUCUCUUUGAAAAAUUGGUUUCCUUGGGCCAUGUCCCAAUUCGUCUAGAGGUUCAGUAUCGUAUGAAUCCAUACUUGAGUGAAUUUCCGAGUAACAUGUUUUACGAAGGCACCUUACAGAACGGUGUAACCGUGGAGCAACGUACCAUCCUGGAGAGUUCAUUCCCGUGGCCAAUAUCUGACAUACCAAUGAUGUUUUGGGCCAACUAUGGUAGAGAGGAAAUUUCAGCGAAUGGUACAUCUUACUUGAACCGAAUUGAAGCAAUUAAUUGUGAACGUAUAAUAACACGUUUGUUUAAGGAUGGUGUUAAACCAGCACAGAUUGGUGUGAUCACACCGUAUGAAGGCCAAAGAGCGUAUAUUGUGCAGUAUAUGCAAAUGAACGGUUCCAUGGAUAAGGAUAUGUAUAUGACAGUCGAAGUUGGUUCUGUUGAUGCAUUCCAAGGCCGUGAAAAAGAUUACAUUAUUUUGUCAUGUGUUCGUGCCAAUGAUCACCAAUCGAUUGGUUUUUUGGUUGAUCCACGAAGAUUGAACGUUGCGUUGACUCGUGCAAAAUAUGGAUUAGCCAUUCUAGGGAAUCCUACAUCGUUGUUUCGUAACCGUUUGUGGAACCAUCUAUUAAUCCACUUCAGAGAAAAAGGCUGUUUAGUAGAGGGUACUAUGGACAAUUUACAGUUAUGCACGGUGCAAUUAACCCGAUCGAAGAAUAGACGUUCUCGUAAAAACACCAAGAAUAGCAUCGAUAAAAACGAUAAAUGGCAAGGUGUUACUAACUCGUAUAAUAGUGAAUUUGCAGUUUCUAAUAAUGUGGAAUUUGAUAUGCAAAGUUUGAUGUCGUUUGGUGGUCAAGAAUUUAAUACAAUGUUUGCUCCGAACAGCGAUCUAUCGUCGUUCAUGAACAAUCAAUAUUGGGAUAUUUCUGAAUCAUUGGAUAACAUUUCUACAAAAGACCAACAUAAAUCAGUUGAGAAAAACGUUUAUAACGAGGAACAUAAAGUUGCUUCUAAUUUUGCAAGUCGACAAUUGGAUGGUUCCCCUUACAGACACGAGACUUUGGAAAAUGAAAGUGUUGAAGAUAACAUGAAAACCUUGGAUUCACUCAAGAAUCUGAACAUUCACGAUUAA